AUGGCUCCUAAGACUCAGUGGUCUGAUAAGUCUACCUGGGCACUGCUUGACUCACUCAAGGCUUCAAAGACUGCUGGUCUUGCUUCAGAUAAUGGCUGGAAGCCUGGGGCAUGGACUGUUGCUGCUGCUACUCUUGAAGACUCAGAGAAGACUGACUCUGAAGCUGUGAAGUCCUCUUCUGUUUGCUGGACUUGUUGGGGCACACUUAAGAAGGAGUACGAAGAGGACCACAUACUCAGGGAUCUGUCUGGCUUUGAGUGGGAUGAUGAUCGCUUGGUCGUUGUCGCUACCAACAAAGUCUGGGAGGCAUAUCUAGUUAAACAUCCAAGCUUGAGCAAAUGGAAGAAGAAAGCCUUCUCCUACUUUGAUGAAGUUGCGGAGCUUGCACUGCGGACAGUGUUGGCCCUAUCUUUACCCUGA